AUGUCUCUCCCAUCCAAAGCAGAGCUACAAGAAUACUACGUAGGCAAAGACAUCGCCAGCGUACCAAAACCCGCCGCGGUCCUCGACCGAGCAAUCAUCCGCCGACACUGCGCGCGCAUGAAGCGCACAGUGAAAGCCCUAAAUGUCGGCUUCCGCGCUCAUGUAAAAACACACAAAACACUUGAGCUCACUGCACUGCAACAUGACGAUGAUGUCGUCGAAGCAAACUUCAUCGCGUCUACAAUUCUAGAAAUAGAAACCAUUCUUCCCUUCCUGAAAACCCUACAGGAAAGUGGAAAGCAUCAUGUGAACAUCCUGCACGGGAUCCCGCUCAUCCCGUCGCAGAUAACCCGUCUCGCAUUCCUAGCUAGCAAGCUAGGCGAGGAUAGUAUCUCGCUUAUGAUCGACCAUCCCGAUCAAGUGCGCUACCUAGAACCCUUCUACCAAGCAGCUGGCUUCCCAGCUUGUGUCUUCGUCAAGGUCGAUACGGGGUAUCACCGUGCAGGACUACCGCCGCUAAGCCUAAACAAGAACGGACUUUUGGACAAACUAGCCCAGGCAGAAAAAAACGGGGUUGCGCGGUUAAUCGGACUUUACUCGCAUAGUAGUCUGAGCUAUAGUGCCACCACAGCCGAAGAGGCAAUGAGCCACCUUACCGCUGAGAUACGCGGGUGCAAGGAUGCAUUGGAUAGGUGGGUGGGGCUUUUACCACAAAGAGAAUUGGUGAUUAGUGUUGGGGCCACGCCUCAGGCUGUUUCAUCUCAUAAUCUUGUUCCUGGUGAGGGGAAAGCGACACUUUCGUCCGAGGCUGCAGAGUUGAGGGCGUUACUGCGACCGGCUGAUACCGCCGGUGUCAAGAUUAAGAUUGAACUGCAUGCUGGUAACUAUGCCGUGUUGGACAUGCAGCAGAUCUCGACACAUGCGCGGUUAGGUGCUGGGGGGUUGGAGGAGGAGAUUGCACUUUCGGUUGUGGCGGAGGUGUGUAGUGUUUAUAACGACGGGGAGCGGGAGAAGCCUGAGGCGCUUGUUGCUGCGGGGACUUUGGCGUUGGGUCGUGAGCCUUGUGGGAGUUAUUCUGGUUGGGGAGUUCUUUCUUCUUGGGGGUUGGAUGGUGAAGGUGAGGGUGGGAGGUUGAUGGUUGAGCGCAUUAGUCAGGAACAUGCGAUUGUUUCGUGGGAGGAUGAGGCUCAACGGCGUAUUAGUAUUCCGUUGCAGAUUGGGGGGUUGGUGAAGAUCUUUCCUAAUCAUGCUUGUAUUACUGGGGCUUUUUACGGUUGGUAUUUUGUUGUUGAUUCGGAUAUUGACUCUGGGGCUUCGAAGAUUGUUGAUGUUUGGAUUCGAGGGCGGGGAUCUGAUAUUACGGAGCCAUUGUUGACGACAAGAACCCAGUAA